CCACUGCAGUUUUGACCCAAGCUGGCAUGGAAUAUCCUCCGGCUGCCGAACGUUGGGUUUGAUGUCGUUGCUGGAAGAAGUUUUGAAAGUUGAGUUGCCAGCUCCCACUCGAUAUGACUAUGGGAAAGCAAUGCAGCGAUGCAAGGUCAGGGGCAAUUGGGAGCUUGCUCUCUUACUCCUGCGGGAUGCUCAGGCUUCCGUGGGGCUGGAUGUGGUGACGCUGGGCGCUGGGGUGAGUGCCAUGGGUGCACACUGGAAAGAGGCUCUUGACAUGCUUCAAUUUGCGCAGACAAAUCAGGUUGAAGCCAACAUCAUAUGCUACAAUGCAGCCCUUCGUACGUGUGAAAGGGCUAUGGAAUGGGCACGGGUGCUGUAUUUGGUGGAGCAGCUACAGGUAGAUGCUGUCCAACCCAGCAUCGUCACGUAUGGCACUGCAAUUUCUGCUUGCGGUGCGAAUGCGGCAUGGCCCCUGGCUGUAGCGCUAUUGGAUGAUUUGCGGGGGAAGCAGCUCCAGAGCAACGCAGUGGUGUACACAGCAGCAGCAUCUGCUUGUGACACUGGCGCAGUAUCUGGGCACUCGGCUGUGCCGUGGCAACAUGUCAUUAACCUUCUGAGCGACUUCAAGGACCAGGGCCUUGGCGCAGAUAAGAUUUUCUACAACGCAGUCGUCAGCUCCUGCGACAAAGCUUCAGCAUGGCCCCAGGUCUUGGUUCUGUUUUCUGAGCUUCAAGAACUGGGGUUUGCAGACAUUAUUCACUAUGAUGCAGCGAUUGGUGCAUGCGGCAAAGCUGGGGAUUGGCAGCAAGCACUGAAAUAUCUGCAAGAGGCACAGGUCAACCGGCUACAGCCAGAUAAUAUUGCAUAUUUCACUACACUCCGUGCCUGUGGGAACUCUGAGAAAUGGCAGGAGGCCUUGCAGUUGCUAAGUGGAACCAAAGGCCUCGACGUGGCCAGCUAUAACGCAGUGAUCAUUGCUCUGGAGAAAGUGGCAUGGGAGCGGUCCCUGGAUCUCCUGAAAGCCAUGGACAGGGUUCAGGUGGCGAUAGAUGCCAACAGUCUGGCAGGUGUCAUUCGCGCGUGCAAGAAUGCAGGGGAGUGGCAGCAAGCCGUGGCUUUGCAACUGCAGGUAGAACUUCGGAGGCUGCAUGACACACUGACGCACAGUGCAUUAAUGGGGGCCUAUGCGCUGAAUGCCAUGUGGGAGGAGGCUGUAUUCCUACUGGAAGACUUAAGCAUGAAGAAGGUGAGACCAAACACACUCGCCUACAAUGCCGCGAUGAAUGCCUGUAGCAAUGCAGCUGAAUGGCAGCAGUGCAUUGGCCUACUGGAAGACCCAGAGGUUAAAGCAGACAUCAGCAGUUUCAACAUUGCAGUGAGCGCCUGUGGCAAUGCAGCCAUGGGUCUGGAAGCCAUCCAACUGCUUUGUGAGUUGGAACGCCAGAAGCUGGAAGCGACCACCAUCACCUAUAACACGGCCAUCCAAGCUUGUGGAAACGCAGCUUUGUUGUCAGAGGCACUGGAUCUUCUCAAGGAGUUUCAACUACAACAUAUUCAAAAAGACGUUAUCAGCUACAACGCAGCUAUCAGCGCCUGUGAAAAGACUUCUGCGUGGUGGCAGGCCUUUAUACUCUUGAAUAGUUUGGAGGAGGAGGAGGAACUGCAGGCAGAUGCCAUCAGCUACAAUACUGCCAUUAGCAGCUGUGAGAGCGCGUUGGAGUGGGAACAGGCAUUGGAGCUAUUGGUCCAGAUGGAGAGGAAGGAAGUUCAACUUGACAUCAUUUCCUUUGAUGCCGCGAUCAGCGCGUGCGGGAAAGCUGGUGAGUGGGAACAGGCCUUGGUUUUGUUCGACUUGAGUGCCCAGAAGGCGCAACCAAACAUCAUUACCUGUUCGACUAUGAUCAGUGCAUGUGGCAAUGCUGGGGAAUGGCCAAGGGCUUUGCAUUUCUUUGAUGAGGUUGACAGGUUGCGAUUGGAAGCCAACCUCAUUACGUACAACGCGGCCAUCAGCGCCUGCGUAGGUGAUAGCUACUGGGAGGGUAGCUUGCAACUCUUCAGUGAAAUGUCUCGUGGAGGUUUGACUCCCAGCAUCGUGAGCUACGGUGCAGUGAUGGCCGCCGUGGACUGGGAGCGGGCUGUGCAUCUUUUUGAGCAGCUCCAGGUUGAAGAAUUGCAGCCCAACGGCAUGAUCUUUGUGGCGCUAGUUGAUGCGAUGGCCCUCGACUCCCAGUGGAAUCAGGCCUUGGCCUUCUUGGAGCUUGAGCAGUCCCAGAACAAGAGGCCGAACUUGACCGUCUACAAUACUGUACUCAAAGCAUUUGCAGAAGCUCAAGAAUGGGAGAAAGCUUUGACCAUGAUGGCCGAGAUGAGAGAGAAAGAAUUGCAGCCCGAUUGUGCUUCUUAUCUGACGGCCAUUAGGUCAUUCUUUUGACAAAGAAUUCAGCAGCUUGGGAAAAAAGCUAAAUGAUGCUAAUUGCAAAUUUUGAAUCAAAGGUAGAUCCAAAGUGAAGAUCAGCCGUGAUACAUCUCCAUGGAGAUUUGACAAAAAGGCUGCCAGUCGGCUUAAGACAUUCCGCUUUUGACAGCUUCUUCAAAAGGGUAUAUAUUGA